GGCAGGAGUCUCCCCUGGUCAGUGUAUUAGAUUUAUUAGCAGUGAGCCAUUUUCGCAGUUGAUGGAUAGGGAGCCAUUUUGGCGGUGGCGGGAGGAGAGUUCCCUCACUCACACAGGGGGCCGGGGAGGAUUGGUGUCACCGGUGGGGGCCGACGUCCAUAUGUGUUUAUGUAACGUGUGCUAGUUCUUCUCAGCCACACUACGGUGCUCCCCUCCCCUCCUUGUGGAGCGCUGGGUUUUGGCAGGAGAUCAAAGUGCUCCCCCCUGUGGCAGCAGUGACCCAGAAAUGAGUUGGAUUCAGUGAGUCCUUCCUCCAUAACAAGUAAAUAACGUCAGUGGCGGAGUGCAUGUGUGACUGAGGGAGAGGAGCCGCGGUCUGCUCCCCCUGGCACAGGAGCCGCUGGGCUGGACCUUCUCCGCACAUCACCCACAGGAGAGCAGCGUGGGGGGGACACGGAGCCGCACUUCAGACAAGGUGGCGCACGACUCCCCGGGCAGGUACAGUCACCGGGCGGGGGUGUGGGGGAGUGUUCUCACUGUGCGGCACCGGAGCCGGGGUGGAUAGGGGGAGGUUGUGUAGAGCCCGAGCGAGCCGAGCGCUGCUGCCAAGGUCGCUGCUUAGUGGAAAAAAAUAAUCGAGUACGUCAUUAACAUGGCGCCAAAACGCUCAUGUAAGAGAGGCUGGCUGAUGGCGCUAUCCCGUCACCGAGUGCGGGCGCGGGGGGUGUGGAGGAUGCUGGGACCAAGUUUCGGGGGGUUGGGCAGAGUUGUAGUAGGACAUACCCGCAGACCUGUGCAGGGCCGCCGAGUGACCUGCUGAGGUUGUCUGUUCUAUCCCUGUGCAAACCAUGAAACGUACACGACUGCCGAGUAGCAGUGACGAUUCUGAUGACAAUGCCAGCUUGUCUACAUCUUGGUCUCAGCAGACAAGGUCAAGACAUGGCAGAAUCUCAAAACAUGAAGAUCAGAAGCCCUCUGAGGUGUUCCGAACAGACCUGAUCACGGCCAUGAAACUACACGACUCCUACCAGCUGAACCCAGAGGACUAUUAUGUGCUGGCUGAUCCGUGGCGCCAGGAUUGGGAAAAGGGGGUACAAGUGCCUGUGAACCCAGAGUUUAUCCCAGAGCCUCUUGCCAGGGUUACUGCCGAGAAAGACAAGGUGGUCACAUACACUAGACCACGAAAGUACGUCCAUUCGUCAGGGUCUGACCCUCCUGAGCUGGGAUACGUUGAUAUCCACACUUUGGCUGAUGGUGUGUGUCGCUAUGACCUAAAUGAAAUGGAUGUCACUUGGCUGGAGAUGAUUAAUGAAGAAUUCAAAGACAUGGGCAUGCCACAAUUAGAUGAAUACAUCAUGGAGCGAAUAAUGGAGGAGUUGGAACAGAGGUGCUAUGACAAUAUGAACCAUGCCAUUGAGACAGAGGAAGGCCUUGGAAUAGAAUAUGAUGAAGAUGUUGUAUGUGACGUUUGCCAGUCCCCAGAUGGGGAAGAUGGCAAUGAAAUGGUCUUUUGCGAUAAAUGUAACAUCUGUGUACAUCAGGCCUGUUAUGGCAUAUUGAAAGUGCCAGAGGGAAGCUGGCUGUGUCGGACCUGUGCUUUAGGGGUACAGCCAAAAUGUUUAUUGUGCCCUAAGAAAGGAGGUGCCAUGAAGCCCACACGGAGUGGCACUAAGUGGGUCCAUGUCAGCUGUGCUCUGUGGAUUCCUGAGGUGAGCAUUGGGAGCCCAGAGAAGAUGGAGCCCAUUACAAAGGUGUCUCACAUACCCAGCAGUCGCUGGGCUCUCCUCUGCAACUUGUGCAAUGAGAAGUUUGGGGCCUGUAUACAGUGCUCUGUUAAGAACUGCCGAAUUGCUUUUCAUGUGACAUGCGCCUUUGAUCGAGGCCUGGAGAUGAAGACCAUCCUGACAGAAGAAGAUGAAGUAAAAUUUAAGUCCUAUUGCCCAAAGCAUAGUGGAAACAAGAAAACGGAAGACUGCCAAAUCCUUGAGAACACUAGUGAUUUGACUUGCACAGUCGAGGCUUCCCCAGCUUCUUUGGAUGAUUUACAAGGUCUUUCUGCCUGCCAACAGGAGUCCAAGCAUGGGAGCCAGCGUAAACUGAAACUUCAGCAGCUUGAGGAUGACUUCUAUACAUUUGUCAAUGUACAGGAUGUGAGUCAGGCCAUGCAAAUACCAUAUGAUGUCACAGACUUUGUAUACCAGUACUGGAAACUGAAGAGGAAAGCCAACUUCAACAAGCCACUUAUAACUCCUAAAAAGGACGAGGAAGACAACUUGGCCAAGCGAGAACAAGACUUUUUGAUUCGUCGUUUACAACUAUUUACUCACCUGCGGCAGGAUCUAGAAAGGGUACGCAACCUCACUUACAUGGUGACCAGAAGGGAGAAGAUGAAGCGAUCGGUCUGCAAAGUUCAAGAGCAAAUCUUCAAUUUUUACACAAAGCUCUUGGAUCAGGAAAGAAGCAAUGCCGGUGAUUUUUCAGAAAGCGACCUUCUCUUUAACACACAGCCAUCUGGCCCAGAUGCUCCAAAAAUUGAGGAUUUGAAGUGGCAUUCUGCUUUUUUCAGAAAACAACUUGGUUCUUCUUUGGGGCGCUCCAUGAAAGUGUCCCACAAAAAAAGCAGAGACAGAGAAAGUUCGUUGAGCAGCAUGAAAUCGCAGUACUCUCGCUCUUCUUACAGUGACAAAAAGAGGGAUGGUAUACCGAUGGAGAAGGCUAUUGCCAAGGUUUCACCAGUCCAGCAGAAAAAUGGGGCCAGUAUGCCGGAACACAGAAAAAGACGGGACAGUCGUUCUCGGUGUGAUAUACUAAAAGCAGAGCUAAAGGAGAAACCUCAUAAGCAGCACCAUAAGACAUUGAGGACAGGAGAGUCAGUUGAUAAGCAGGUUGAAAACAAGAAAACCCAAAGCCAGUGUAGUAGUAAGACAACUUCUGUAGCCACAAAAAAGGCCUCUGCUGGAAACAGCUUGCCUAGAUACAGUGGCUCCAUAAUCAAGUUACAUUGUAAACAGACUUCAGUAAAAGUGCCUACAAGUCCUGUGAAAAACUGGGGGGGAUUCCGAAUUCCAAAGAAAGGAGAGAGGCAGCUACAAAAAGCAGAAACUUGUCAAUCAAACACAAACUGCCAAUACGUAGGACUUGUCUCGCCAAGUGACAGGACAAAAAAUAAACUAAAGCUAGUCAGUGACAAUGAUGGCUAUACCCCCGAUGCAGAGAUGAGUGACUCUGAAACAGAAUCAACGCAGAAGUGUCCGCUACAAAGACUGUCAUCUGGCAGAGGGUACGAGACAGACUUUAUUAGGAGAAGCAUCCUAGCCUCUUAAGCAGACAACCUUGUCGUACACUCCAAACUGUAACCACAGGACUGACUGGUUCUAUACAGGAGACUAAAAAGACUUGUAAUAUCUGUGACUGGACAGGUCAAAAGUCCGCUCUUCCUAAACUUGCUCCAGUGUGUUUACUUGCACUUGAAAAUCCAGAACUUUCUUCCUACCCACAAUAUUAUCUUCCCUAUUUUUCAGAAAAAAAACUAUAAAUAAAUAAAAUAAAAACUAUCAUGCAUCUGCUUAUGUUGGACAUAGAGUAUGUCUAACAGGCAGGUUUACAAGCUUGAGGGUAGGUUGCACUGGAAGUGCUUUCAUUUGUCCAUUUGAAAGCACAAUGAAGACAUUUUGGAGUAAUACACAUUUUGGUUUUUGGGUACACCAACUUGCACUUCUGGCCCGUUAAAUUUCCUUGCACUUGUUUUGAUAUCCAGGCAUGGUCUUAAGUAUCUUUUCAUUUGCCUGUUUAGCUGUUAUGUUAGCACAAUGGCCAAUUGUGUUGGGUACUUGGUGGAGUGGAAUCAAUAAUAUAAUGUAUAGAAGCUCUGGUUCACCGCCUUGUGGGUGUGUGAUGCAAUAUGCACUUGAAAUUAUUUUGGAAGUUUGGGGAACUGGAAUAAAAGGGAGCACCUCCUUCCUCAAAAUAAAACUGCACUGUACACAUUGAUGAGCUGUCCAUACUUCUUUGCCCUAGUGCAUGUCUGGGUCUUAUACUCUUCAUGCAGAAAGAGUCUUUCCAGGCUGUUGGGGCAUUUGUAUGCCAUCUUUUAUUUGCAAGAUAAUCUCUUGGUUUGAUAUAUUUCUAAGAUAUGUGCAACCAAAAACAGACAUUACUAUCCAGCUGCACUAAAUUAGCAUGGUGGGCAGAAUAUUCCGAAAAGCUCUUUUGGUGUAAGCACCUAAGCCAUGUCUGAUGUGACAUUAUUUCAAGCUAGACCUAUAUUUUCCAGCCUUAUUGUACUAUUGAUUUCCAUUUAAAUUUUGGUGUAAAAAGUUUUGGAAAAUACAUUUCACGAUAUUAACAUCAUGCAGUGAAAUUUCCUUUUUCUUUUUAUAACAAGUCAUCACUUUCAGCUAUUUAUCUGAAAUGUUGACAUGGCUUUCUACUUUUUCACAAUCCAAGUCAUUCAGUUUACUGCCCUGUUUUUGGCAUCUUUUUCCUCUGUGAUAAUUUUACUUCUAAGAGAGCGAGGUUAAAUAAAUUUAAAAAAAACCUCUUAGUUUGGUUAUUUGGGCACUCUUUGGCAAAUUUCCAAUGCGCUAAUCCUUUCCGACAUCCAAAAAUGUUUAAGAAUAUAAAGAAAAACACACUAAAAGUUUGUAUGGAAAUGAGAAAUAAUAAAAAGCCCCACAUAUUAGUGAUAAAUAAGGGCCUAUGUGACGGAUUGCUCUGAGGAUGGUUGCACAUGCAAAAUACUGACAGUGAUGCUCCUGUAUAUUGGUAUACAGGGAUCAUUACAGCUGGGGACUUCUGAAUAUGCAUUCCGCUCCCACUCUUUGGGUGUUCACUACUACGUAACUUGUUCCGUUCAGAUGGGGGUAUUGAAUGCAGAUAAACUGACCUUCAAUUCCUAAAGGAUGGAGGAUUUAUACACAACGUGGAUGCCGGUUUCCAUAACCGCGCAUAUGAAUCCAUUGCAUUGAUGGCAUGCUGGCUCCCGAGGCACUCACAGAAGCAGCAUAUAUGUAACAAAAAUGAAGUGUCCAAAUGAGCUGCUUAGCCUAAUCAGAUUAGCUGAAAUUACAAACACUGCCACAUACACGCCUGCACUAUUCAGCUCUGAUAAAUAAUUUGUGCUGUGGAUUUUAGUCCUUACAAAGACAAAGGGUAAGCCAUUUGUCCUUUCUCAAUCCUUUUUGUAUUUGUAAUGUGAGCUAUAAACACAGUCACGUGUGUAUUAACCAUUUCAGGAUGUAGGCUGACCUUACUUGUACAUGCCAGGUUAUGCUGACAAUUUUUUAGGACCAUAUGAAGUCUUCAAAAAAUUCUCCAGAUGGAUCUAGAGAGAUUUAUCAAAACUUGUGCAGAGCAAAAGCUGACCAGUUGCUCGUAGCAACCAGUCAGAGUGCUUCUUUAAUUUCUCAGAGGCUUUUUUAAAAAAAAAUUAAGCAAUCUAAUUAGUUGCUAUGGACAACUGGUCUGCUUUUCCUCUGCACAGGUUUCGAUAAAUCUCCCCAAUGGUUCCUUGUCAUUGUUGAUCUCCAACUAUAAAUUUGUUGAUAUGUGUUUAAAUUUUGGAGGCACCUCUGAGUCUAAGACUUGCGCAAGACUAUGGCGUUUCAGAUAGGGACUUUAAGAAGUCCCAUGCAUGUCUAUUGGACUUAUGCAAAAUCUGCAUUUUGCAAGUCUUGGACACAGAGGUGCUGUAAAAAUGUAAAACACAUCCUGCUGUCCGAGUGAAACUGGACUUUCGCUUUAAGCCAUCUGUUUUGUGGUUUCUCUUGUUUCAUUCCAGCAUAGAACACCUCAAUAAAGUCCAAGUUAAAUGGGUUGUCCAGGAGUCUUGUGCAUGGGCUGUGACUGGUAUGUAUUGCAACCCAGUCCCAUUCACUUUAAGUGAGAUAAAGACAAGUGCAUAGACAAGAGUGGUGGUGUUUCUGGAAAAGGAGAGAAUAAAACAUACCCUUCUAAUAAUGGACAACCCCUUUAAAUGCAGUGGACUUUAUUGGGUAUCUGCCAAUGAACCAAUAUGUAUCUAAGUGGAUGAAAUCAAUCUUAUCAUGUUUAUGACUUCUUUCAUUGCAUGAAUUUUGGGAUGCAACGAGUAGAGUUGCUCAUCUAAGCAAACCAUAAAUCUAAGUGAACACUUCAUAAUGAUCUAUUGCUACAGGUUUAUUUUAUUGGCAGAUUCCAUUCAAACUUGUGAAGCUUUGUUAUUGGACACUUAUUUGAAGGCUACUUAGGUAGGAGGUUAAGGAGAUAGGCCCCUCACCAGUGUCCAUUUUUAUAUCUCUGAAACAUUUUUUUUUUUUUUUGUAAGGUGUGGUUUAAGCGGUGGCAUUCUUUAAUAAAUAAUGAUAAACUGUAUGUUAAUACAUUGAAAUGUCACAAGCAAAAUGAAUACUCUACUUCUUGUCUCCAAAGCCAUUUCAUAGACUUGUCAGAUGCAGCCUGUUUUGACACUUUAUGACUUGCAUCAUUAAUUUGCACUAUUGUUGUUGCGUUUUAGAACCUAUGCCUUAUCUAUCUGCUUUUCUUCCAAUGUUUUAUCCAAGUGACUUGGUCAUGAACCGCCCAAGCUGGCUGAUAAUCCUGUAAAUUGUAUAUAAUACAAGAGGCUACAUAUGAACACUAUGCAGUGAUGUUGUUAAAUCUGAAAACAACCCUUAACACCCUGCUGGCCCCGAGUGCUUCCAAUAGGAUAGUUUAGGGCAGUGUACACUUGCUGGGGCACAUUUAUACCAGAUCUCUGAGGUAAUACUAUAACUGCAAGACUAUUAAGGACAGUGCACCACUUACAUUGUUUACUAUAGAUGCUGAGACUUCAAAAAUAUUAUAUAAGGCUAUAGAUUUCUAUGACUCUGGCAUUGGAUCAAGCCUUUUUUAAACAUACAAGUGACUUUGACUAUCCUCAGUACUUAGCAUGUGGCGAACAUUAGUAACUCACAUUUAGGACUUGAGUAUGCUACCAACCACCCCUUGGGAAGUUGUUGCUUUUUGUUUGUUUGGGUUUUUUUUUUUUUGCAGAAGGGGUAAGGGACACUUUUUUCCUUCGUAAAAAGUUACCUUUUUCUUGCUGUGAUCGGUUCCUUUUUUUUGUGUUAGUGUCUGUUAUCAAGAUAUAGUACCUAUAUUGUCAGUAGUGCAGCUAGAGAUUGCAAGUGUACCCAUAGUGUUUAGAUACUGUUGCUACUGCAAUGGAAAACUACACUUUGUAGGUGACUGGACACCCAUGAUGUAGAAAAAUUCUUGCUGCUCCCUGCCACCUGUUACUACUGUGUUGAGUAACUGCUGACCAUGGUAAACUGUAGCCUAACAUGUCUCUACAGGGUCCAGUGGCACCUAUAGGAAAUGUAUUUUCCACACAGCCUUCCUUUGCUUUAUGGUUUUAGCUGGGGGCAAUUCUUGAACAGAAUUAGGAAAUUGCAUAUAAUGUGCUACACUUAUGUGUUACCAAGUGUACUUUUACACUUGAGUUCUACUUCAUGACUAGAAGCUGCUCUUCAGAUAUCCCUUCUGUAAACAUGCUAUACCUUUAUCAGGGCAAAUUCACACAGUUUUCCCCAGUUAUAGCCACUUGUGUUCAAUAAAUGUGUCCAACUAGUACCCCACAGAAGAUUUAUAGGGUGUAGAGUCUCAGUAGAUGAGUUAUAGCCUGUACUUUCUUCUGACAGGUGUAGAUGUGAGCAUUGCACUGUGGCACUUGUAUCUGCGUACUACCUGUUUAUUAUACUGUAUAUCUCAAGACAAAAGUAUCAAGUACUGAAUUGGCACUCAAUAUACCAGCUGCAGAAUAUGGAACUGAGAGCUCCACUUCAGUCCUGGGCUAUACUAUGACAAUAGUUCCUCGACAUUACAGGCACACCCAUAAGCAUAAACUUGGUUGGACCAUGUUCUCAUUUCAAUGCUUCUGACUAUUGGGUGCACCAAGGUUUCUUCUUGAUGCAACUGAUAUAGGUGAAUGGGUAAAUAGCUGUGGUGCAACAUACGAUCCUGGUUAUGCUACAGUUGAAUCAGACAAUUUCAGCCCUUGUAGCUAAGAAGCAACCACCAAGUUAAAGUUCAGUGCCUGGAAAUGUAGAAGUGGAGUUAAGCUUUACAUUAUUAGGACUUUAUUAGGUUCACCCUUCACUACAGUGCACAAAACUACAAGCUUCUGUACAAUUUGCUCGAGUAUGUGCCAGUUCCAAAACCAGCAGUCGUAUGACUAUUGCCCAGGUCAGUAUGUAAGCAAUAGGAAGAAGGGGUUACAAAUUUUGAUUAUCUGCAGAUCAAGAUGAUGGAGUAAAUGCAAUCUGCUUUAGCCCGCUAAAUGAAUUUAUAAAUAGAGGUCCCCACCAGCUAGCUACUAGGUUAUUAGAUAGUUUACUUUGCUAUUGAACAUUUUAAAUAGGACAACAGACCUCCACCAGUUAAAUGAAUAAAGAGCAGGGUACAUCCAACUAUUCCCCCUAUAAUUUAUACCAAUUGUAACAUAUUGGUCAGUUGAAGACAAAGAAUAAAGACCAUUUGGUUUGUUUUUCCAAAUCAAAUCUGAUUCCCUUUGUGGGGAGAACUUCUGUAUUAUGUGGGGGGAUGUGUUACUGUGUCUUAUGUAUUGAUCAGCCUCUGUUCCACUGAUUUUGUCAUCUUGAAGAAUGUGUACAAUUGUAAAGGUAACACAAGGAUUAUGGCCAUUUUGUUUCAUUAUGUAAUCUGCUGACUUGCUUUCACUGCUUUUUGUCCCUUUCUACUUUUAUUUAAAUAUUUAUAAGCUAGUAAAAUACAGCUUUAUUUUUUCAGCUCUGAUACUACGUAGAAUUUGUGCCUUUGUCCGUAUGUGAAUAAAUGCUGUACAUUUUG